UCGCCUCCAUUAACUGCCCCCCGCCUGGGCCCGCCUCACAGUCCCCUGCCUUUCCCCCUCACCGUGUGGCCCGGCGCCUCCUGCAAGGAGAUCCUUACCACCGGGCCUUCCCAAAACGCACGGCCCACACCUCCCCCCGAGCCCUGGUCUGCUCCCCCAGGGGGGAUGGAGACGGCCAGGCAGAGGGCCCCCAAACCAGUCCUUCCCCCCCGUGGUUAUUAAAUCAGCCCUCCAUGCCUGUCCCCCCAAAGCCCCCCGACGUAGGGAGUUGUGGGGGUGUCCAAAGCUAGGACGGCACCCAUUUUUGUUGGCCUUUUCUCCCUCUCUUGCUUUCCGACGGACCAGGUCCCCGCCUGCGGCCACCGAGCGACGAGCUCGCCGGAUUGGGGCGAGGGGAGAAGCGGGCAUCCAAGGGGAGAGAGCGAGCCAGCCCGAGCCCAGAAGCCAGAGAGACCCUGGUCCUGGCAGGCGGCGAGUGGCCACGGGGCGAGGAUGCAGGCGGGUGACCCGUACCGCUGGGAGGUGGUCAGGUUUGCCGUGGCCUGGCGGGCCCUGACUCUCGUGCUUCAGGCGCUGUCCAACGCCCUGAUCCCGGACCACGCCGCGGACGCCUUCUCCCCACCCCGCCUGGACACCCCCGGCCCCGGGGACCGGCUGCUGGACCGGCUGCUGGGCGGGCUGGGGCGCUGGGACGCCGAAUACUUCCUGUUCGUGGCCGAGCACGGCUACCUGUUGGAGCCCAGCCUGGCCUUCUUCCCCGGCUUCCCGCUGGCCCUGCGGGCGGGGGCCGAGCUGGCGCUGUGGCCGCUGAGCCCGCUGCUGGGCCUCCGGAGCCGCCUGCUGCUGGCGGGGGUGCUGCUCAACGCCCUGGCGUCGGCGCUGGCCGCGGGGGCACUGUACCAACUGGGCUGCCGCGUGCUGGCCCGCCGCCGCCCCGCCUUUCUGGCCGCCCUGCUCUUCUCCCUCAGCCCCGCGAGCGUCUUCCUGGCCGCCGCCUACUCGGAGAGCCUGUUCGCGCUGGCCACGUUCAGCGCCAUGGAGCGGCUGGAAAGCGGGCGGGCCCGGGCCGCCGGGCUCCUUUUCGCCCUGGCCGCCGCCGUGCGAUCCAACGGGCUGCUGGGCGCGGGCUUCCUCCUGCACCACCUGGCCCGGGGCCUGCUGAGGGGAGGCCCGCGGCCUGCAGCCCGGAUCCUGCGGCUGGCCGCCGCCUCGCUCUCGGGAGUGGCUGCGGUCGGUCUGCCCUUCGCCCUGUUCCAGGCCUACGCCUACAGCCGGUUCUGCCGGCCCGGCCCGGUUCGGCCCGUGCCGGGGCCCCUGCAGCGGCUGGCAGCGGAACGGGGCUACCGAGUGGUGGGCGGGGAGGCGCCACCCUGGUGCUCCUGGCCGCUGCCCUUGGCCUACGGCUACGUCCAGGACGCCUACUGGAACGUGGGCUUCCUGCGCUACUUUGAGCUCAAGCAGGCGCCCAAUUUCCUCCUGGCGGCCCCGGUGGCGGCGCUGGGCGCCUGGGCGGCCUGGACGUACGUGGCCGCCAAUCCCCGCCACUGCCUUCGGCUGGGGCUGGUGGAAGCCAGGUCCCAUGCUGGGGCGGGCAAGCCCGGGGACGGCUUCCUCGGCCCUCGGGUCUUCGUGUACGUGGUCCACGCCACCGCCCUGCUGCUGUUUGGAGUCCUCUGUAUGCACGUGCAGGUCCUCACUAGGUUCCUGGCUUCUUCCUCGCCGGUUCUGUACUGGUUUGCAGCCCAUUUGCUGGAGGAGUCCCUGAGCCGUGGCGGGAGCCGGCCGCGAGAGCCCGAGGCUCAGACCGGCCGGCCCGGCAACCCCGUCCUGGAGCUCCUGUGGAACUGGGGGGCCUGCCCCACCGUCGCCCGGGUCGUCCUGGGCUACUUCCUGACCUACUGGGCCCUCGGGCUGCUCCUUCACUGCAACUUCCUGCCGUGGACGUGACACGGAGGAUCGUCCGUCCCGGGGGCUGGGCCGGCCGGACGGCCGGGAGGCCUGGAACCCGGAGACGAGCCACCCCCCACCCGGGACCGGACAUCCUGGAGAUGGCUGGUCAAGACCUGGGGGAAGGACCGAGACGCUGGGGACAGUCAGGCAGACAGUGUGGGAUUUAUUGAGCGCUUACUGUGUGCGGAGCACUGUACUAAGCACUUGGGAGAGGACAACAGAACAGUAAACAGACACAUUCCGUGCCCGCGAUGACCUUACCAUCUAGAGCCGGGGGACCCUCCCCGAGGGUGAGAUAUGGUGAGACCCAAUCAACCAGUGGUAUUUAUUGAACGCUUACAUGGGCAGAGCGCUGUACUAAGCGCUUGGGAGGCUACGAUCCA